ACACGCAUUGGUUUCCACUCAGUGAUGUCGCGUAUUUGUGUGGCGCACCUGUAAAGAGCGAGACAGGCAGAAGCCGGCUUUUUUAAUUAUUUGAUUCCUUUUCUUUCUUCUGUUUUUUUCCCCUUUUGUUUCAUGCAUUUGCUGAAAGGAACUCAUUUCUGUGUUUUGAUUUAAUAAAUAUUUCAUUUCCUCAUUUUAUCUUGUUUGUGUUGGCUUUUAUGUUCCCAAGUUUGAACUAAAGAGAGCGGAAUUCAUCAUUUUACACGCUAUUGGCCAGGUGUUUCAUUCAGAGAUUGUUUGCCUAAGGACGUCCCUAACUUUCAUUUGUAGAAACGACGGCAUCUCCAAACUAACAUGGCAGUCAGACUGUGCGAUGUGGCUUCUCUGCUUAGAAGUGGUUCGUGGGCGCCUGAGCCUUGGACUGGGCAGGUAAUUGCUGCCAUGGAAACACAGCUAUCCAACGGGCCUACUUGCAACAACACAAGCAACGGUCCCUCAACUAUCAAAAACUGCUCCUCACCUGUAGAGUCAGGGAGCGUAGAGGACAGUAAAACUAACUUGAUAGUCAACUAUCUGCCUCAGAACAUGACCCAAGAGGAACUGAAGAGUUUGUUUGGGAGCAUCGGCGAAAUUGAGUCCUGUAAACUAGUUCGAGACAAAAUCACAGGGCAGAGCCUAGGCUAUGGAUUUGUGAAUUAUGUUGGACCCAAGGAUGCAGAAAAGGCCAUCAAUACCUUAAAUGGCUUGAGACUUCAGACCAAAACCAUCAAGGUUUCUUAUGCGCGUCCAAGCUCCGCCUCCAUCAGAGAUGCAAAUUUGUACGUCAGUGGCCUGCCAAAAACUAUGACUCAGAAAGAACUGGAGCAGCUCUUCUCUCAGUAUGGACGCAUUAUUACCUCACGCAUUCUGGUGGACCAGGUGACUGGUGUUUCAAGAGGAGUCGGCUUCAUUCGUUUUGACCGACGAGUUGAGGCUGAGGAGGCCAUCAAGGGUUUGAACUGUCAGAAGCCACCUGGUGCCACUGAACCCAUUACAGUCAAGUUUGCAAACAACCCGAGCCAGAAGACCAGCCAGGCACUGCUGUCCCAGCUCUAUCAGUCGCCCAAUCGAAUACCAGGACCCCUCGCACAGCAGGCACAACGCUUCAGGUUGGACAAUCUGCUGAACAUGGCCUAUGGAGUCAAAAGCAGGUUCUCCCCGAUGGCCAUCGACGGGGUGACCAGCUUGGCUGGCAUCAACAUCCCAGGGCACGCAGGCACUGGCUGGUGCAUCUUCGUCUACAACCUGGCUCCAGACGCAGAUGAAAGCAUCCUUUGGCAGAUGUUUGGGCCGUUUGGUGCCGUCACAAAUGUCAAGGUUAUUCGCGACUUUAACACAAACAAGUGCAAAGGAUUUGGUUUUGUCACCAUGACUAAUUACGAUGAGGCGGCUGUGGCCAUCGCCAGCUUGAAUGGAUACCGCCUCGGGGACAGAGUUCUGCAAGUGUCAUUCAAAACCAACAAAACACAUAAAGCCUGAAACUCAGAUUGUUUCUAGAAAACUCACCAGAAAAUGGAAACAGAAAACGGAAGCGUAACUUUCUACAUUAGUUAACGAGCUUUGUAAAUCAGUGUUGCGAAGAAAAACAAUAUUUAGCGUCCAACAAUGUGAUUUAUUUUCUUUGGUUUUUUUUGUUUUUUGUUUUUUCCAUUGCUACACUUUGAAUCUUAAUAUACUUUAAAACAAAAAUGACUGCAGGUUUUAAUGCCUGUCAUGUUGACUUCUCUUGCUGUCUUUACAGAUGGACCAUCUGAAAUGUUACUCUAGGUUUUGUCAUUUUGUUGCACAUCUGCUUUGAAACAGUAAGUCUUGUAAGGUUACGUGUAGUGAUUUUUGUUCUUUUCUUUGUACUUCUGUGUCCUGAUUUGCCACAGGUGUGUUAUGCCUUCAGUGGUUAGCAAGUACUUACUUUGAACUAUUUGCGGUUCUGUUAAUUUUGUAAGUAUUCUGUUUACUGCAAUAUCAGUUGGUUAUUGGUUGGCUGCAUAAUGUUGCUUAUUGUAAACUUAACAGAUAAAAAGACAAAAAAAAAAAAAGAUUCUUAAAGCAGUACCUUGCCAAAGAGCUAAGAACCUCUUUGAUGUGGGUUUAAAAGCAUCUAUUUUUAUAAAAGAAAAAUUUGGAGAAACUUUUUACUGGACCUGGAACAAAAUAUUUUGACUUGGAUACUUUGAGAAAUAUCUUCAUAUGACACCUUGUGAGCUUUUGAACUUCACAAGAAAGUUUGCAGUGGUUGAAAUUUCUGGAGAGAUUUAUGAUGUAAAAGAUACCUUUUGAGAUCUUUGUAUUACCUUUAGAUUAUAGAAUCAGUGGCAGUGCUGGUUUCAUUUGUAAAAUCAUCCGUGGGUCCCCCAUCAUCUGGUUGUUACAGCUAGCAACUCGCUUUCUGGUCUGAUUUGGAAAUGGACAAAACUUCAAAGGUUUAUCUACAAAAAGUGCAUGAAAACAUUAAAAGAUGGAAAUAUCUUAAAGGUA